GUCGAAAUGACAAUUUUACAAGAGUGUGAAGUUCUGCCGCAAGAAAAAAGAAGACAUUUUGUAAAACUUAUCGACAGAGGACGAACGGAAAAUUUUAAAUUCAUCGUUAUGCAGAUGGUUGGCACUAGUAUCGAUAAACUUCAAAAACAGCAACUUGAUAGGCAAUUCUCGUUUACGACCACCAUAAAGCUGGGGAUAGAAACACUCGAAGGAAUCUCGAAUUUGCACGAUCUUGGUUACUUGCAUCGUGAUAUUAAGCCACAGAAUUUCACAAUUGGUUUGAAAGAGAAGAGCAGUACAAUUUACAUUCUCGAUUUCGGCAUCGCUCGACGAUAUACCGAGAGAACCAGCAAAGCUAUUAGGCUACCCCGCAAAAAAGUGCGUUUUCUGGGUACUGUACGGUUCGCAUCUCGAACAUGCCAUCGAUCACAGGAACAAGGCCGAAGGGAUGACUUGGAAUCCUGGGUUUACAUGUUGCUUGAAUUUACUGAGUACGCGUGCUUGCCAUGGUCCAGAAUUAUUGACCGUGAAGAGCACAUUGGAAGUUUGCCAGAAGAGUUUCAUGUUAUUUUGAAUUACAUCAACGGACUGAACUAUGAAAAUACACCGGACUACGAAUACAUCACAAAAAUGCUGCAGCUAGCAGCCGAACGCAAAAAAGUCAAAAUAACUGAUAAAUUUGAUUGGGAAGAAAUGGAAGAAGAGGUAGUUUUUUUUUUUUUUCUGAAUAACUGA